AGCGCUGUUCGGGUAAAACGGUCUGAUUUCAGAACAGGAUAUUUCAUUUUCCUCAGCUCCUCCCUCUAUUUUCUUACACGACUCGUGUCAACUCAUACGACCGACCUCUUUUGGUGUCUCGCGGAGAUAUGGCCUGGAGGCAUUUGAUUUCGCAGGUUUCACGCUAUCGAUCAGAAUACGGACCAAUUAAAAGCUUGCUUGCGAGAUCCUAUGUAUCUGUUAACAAGUUUGAAGUUCGAGCAGGGAAUAGGUUUUUUAGCACUCAGGAGAGAUUUCGAUCCAGCUAUGUAGGGAAUCUGGCUCGUCGAGUACGUGAUGCAGAUGAAGCCAGUGACCUUGCUCGUCUUAAAGAACUUCACCAUCGAAAUGACCCUGAAGCUGUGAUUAGAUUGUUUGAAAGUCAGCCAGCACUGCAUACCAAUCAGUCAGCACUUUCUGAGUACAUUAAAGCAUUAGUGAGAGUUGAUCGGCUGGAUGAAAGUGAAUUAUUGAAGACAUUGCGGAGAGGUAUUUCUAAUUCAGCGAGGGAGGAAGAUAGUAUUGGUGGCCUUGCUGCUUUAAAAAAUGUAGGGAAGCCCACAAAAGAAGGAAUUCUUGGAACUGCAAGUGCUCCAAUCCAUAUGGUGGCUGCAGAAGGUGGAAAUUUAAAAGAGCAGCUUUGGCGCACAUUUAGGUCCAUUGCUGUGGUCUUUCUCCUGAUUUCUGGUGUGGGAGCACUUAUUGAGGAUAAGGGAAUCAGUAAAGGACUCGGUAUGAAUGAAGAGGUGCAACCUAGCAUGGAUUCAAGUACAAAAUUUAGUGAUGUAAAAGGUGUUGAUGAGGCAAAAGCAGAACUGGAAGAAAUUGUUUACUACCUCCGAGAUCCUAAGCGCUUUACCCGUCUUGGAGGAAAGCUUCCAAAAGGUGUUCUGCUUGUUGGGCCUCCUGGGACUGGAAAAACAAUGUUGGCAAGAGCAAUAGCUGGAGAGGCGGGGGUUCCUUUCUUCUCUUGCAGUGGCAGUGAAUUUGAAGAGAUGUUUGUUGGUGUUGGAGCACGGAGAGUUAGGGAUCUUUUUGCUGCUGCGAAGAAGCGAUCACCCUGUAUAAUUUUCAUUGAUGAAAUAGAUGCUAUUGGAGGUAGCCGAAACCCAAAGGACCAGAUGUAUAUGAAGAUGACAUUGAAUCAAUUGCUUGUUGAACUAGAUGGAUUCAAGCAAAACGAAGGCAUUAUUGUGAUUGCAGCUACUAAUUUUCCUGAGUCAUUGGAUAAGGCUUUGGUGAGACCUGGGAGGUUUGAUCGCCAUGUUGUUGUUCCUAAUCCUGAUGUAGAAGGAAGGCGGCAGAUUCUUGAAUCCCACAUGUCCAAGGUUCUGAAGGCCGAUGAUGUUGAUUUAAUGAUCAUUGCAAGAGGAACACCUGGGUUUUCUGGUGCUGACCUUGCAAAUUUGGUGAAUGUUGCUGCUCUCAAGGCUGCGAUGGAUGGUGCUAAAGCUGUGAGCAUGACUGACCUUGAGUAUGCGAAGGACAAAAUUUUGAUGGGAAGUGAGCGCAAGUCAGCUGUCAUAACUGAGGAAUCAAGAAAGUUGACUGCUUUCCAUGAGGGUGGUCAUGCUCUUGUGGCUAUUCAUACUGAUGGGGCACUUCCAGUUCACAAGGCAACGAUUGUCCCAAGAGGAAUGGCUCUUGGCAUGGUGACUCAAUUGCCUGACAAGGAUGAGACCAGUCUCUCCCGCAAGCAGAUGCUUGCCCGCCUCGAUGUUUGCAUGGGUGGUCGGGUUGCAGAAGAGCUAAUAUUUGGAGAAAAUGAAGUUACUUCCGGUGCUUCAAGUGAUCUCAAGACAGCAACUAAUCUGGCCAGGGCAAUGAUUACUAAAUACGGUAUGAGCAAUGAAGUGGGACUUGUCACUCACAAUUAUAAUGACGAUGGCAGAAGCAUGAGCUCAGAAACUAGGCUUCUUAUUGAGAAGGAGGUCAAGCUCUUUCUGGAGAGAGCUUACAACAAUGCAAAAACUAUUCUAACAACUCACAAUAAGGAGCUUCAUGCCCUUGCAAAUGCUCUACUGGAACACGAGACCCUUACGGGAAGUCAAAUAAAGGCAGUGCUUGCUAAAGUGAAGUCCCAGCAGCAACAGCAGCCGCAUACGAUUGAACAGAAUAGUUCACAAUCAAACCCGGUCCCACCAUCAUCCAACCCAGCAGCAUCUGCAGCAGCAGCUGCCGCCGCCGCAGCAGCUGCAGCUACUGCAGCAGCCAAGGCUAAAGGCAUUGCUCCUGUGGGAUCUUAGCAAGGCAACUGUAAGAGUCUGUUUAUUAAUUAUGGAGAGCGAAAUGUGCAGAUAGUUGAUGUGAUUCUGCCCCCGUGAGUGAAUAUUAAUUUCGUCAUGGCGGAGUCAAGUUGACUCAAAAUAGUUCUUAGCCAUUGUUAUUUUAGCGAAGUACACGUAGAAAUGUUCGCUGAAUUGAAUAAUUCGACCAAAAUAGUGAGAGAAAUAUGACAUGUGAAGAAGUCGGUGGUGGUAAUUUGGGUUGAUCAUCUCCGUGUGCUUCGAACUUCCAAGUAUCUGCUCUAAGAAAAAAACCAACACAUACUCUUUUCCAAUGCUUCCAA